AUGGCAGGGCCAGCUGGUGGUCGCGACCAAACCUCGCACGAUCCGACAGGCAAUUUCGCCGGGUCUGCCUCCUCGCACUUCGCCUCAUCCUACUACCCAAUCGACACCGAGCUGACCAACAUGUCGCCCAGCUACCCCAUGCCUCCCUAUGCGCGGCCGAUGGAAGAGGGGGUAGCUUCAGUGGACAAGAUCAAUCACGGAGAAGCCAUGAACAAUAGCUUGGCCAUAGGCCCGAAUGGCGCAACGGCUUCCUCUGCCACCGAUCCAGCGAUGGCUCCUCCGCAGACACCAAACCAGGCAACCUUCCCGCCAGCUGGCGCACGGUCAAGCAUGGAUGCAACCUCUGAAACACCCCAAGACCCUCAAACGGGUGACAAGAGAAAACGGUCAAAGGCUUCUCGGGCAUGCGACGAAUGUCGGAGGAAGAAGGUCAAAUGUGAUGCACCCACUGAGGCUGAUGGUACGCCAAAGACAUGCACAAACUGCCAGAAGGCCGGUGUGAAUUGCGAGUUUGAGCGCAAACCCAUGAAGCGUGGUCCCAGCAAAGGGUAUAUCAGUGCGCUGGCAGAGCGAGUUCACGGAUUGGAACAGAAGCAGAGGCAAUCGCUGGACGCCGGUCCUGUAGGGUUCGCCGAGAGUUUUUCACCUGAUGAGCCAACUGGUCCUGGUUUUAGCAAUCGUGCCUCUUCUUUCUCCGCUUCCACAACUGUCAACCCAUUUUCGAGGGCUGAAUUCCAAAGGGAUCGCAUUCCCAGCACUGGCGGCUGGGGCAUCAGCUCGAUCGCUCCGAGCCUUCGAUCGCGUGCCAGCGGAAGCCUCGCCAUCGCUCCCAACGAAACUCUUCCAGCUACGAUUUCUGAAGAAGACGCCAACCCGAAACCCGAAUUUCGCGAUUCUCCCAGGACGAUCUUUAGUCAGAUUGAAAACUCUCAUCGUCCGAAACGGCCGCGCCUUCAGGGAUCCAACGAAGACUCGCCACCUUUCAAGAUGGAACAUUCCUCUCUGCCCAGGUACUAUGAGCAGUAUCAUCCGCUCUUUCCUUUGCUGCCCGACCACGAUAUUGUCGAUGCGGUUGUCAGCAAUGCCGAUGUCGAUAUGCAGCAUGCGCUCGCUAUCGCUGUCGACCUAUUGCCAGACCUCAGAGCCGGAGCCACCCUCAACGGCGCUCACAAUUCCUCCUUCUCCUUGAAUCACGAUCUCGACCCAGCCAUCAGCCGUCCGACCCGAACCCUCAGCUCUACACAAUUCGCCAACUACGAAAAGUUGCUGGAGUAUCUCGGCAAUUUGGUCAACGGGGUGCCGGCAACUCAUUCGAUGGAUACCAGUCUUGCGCUGGCCUGGGCUCUUGCCCUGAUCUCGUUGACGUGUGAGUAUGAUGUCAAGCACCUGGCAGGCGAAGGCGACAAGUCCAAGUUGCAACUCCUUAACCACAGCCGAUAUGUCUUGGUGCAAUUGCAAGUCGCAGCGGCCCGUGGUGAGGCCCCGACCUCGUUCCCCGACCUGGCCAGUUUCGUCCACACGGUCAACCUGGCUACGAACUGCGUCCUUCUCUUGACCAAAUAUCACUGGUUGAGUAUCGCUCUUCACCCAGGCGAGGUGACUCGCUCACGCUACCUUUCAAUUCGAAACGUCGAUCCGAAGGCGAUUACUGUUGAAGCAGCAUACCUGCAAACCAGCUCACACCAGCUUGAUCUUCUCUUUAAGAUUAUCCUGCCGCACGAGGAUGCAUCUACAGAUAUGAAGAUGGCUCACAAGGACUUCUUGCAGACUGCUUUUGAUGUUCACCUCUGCAGCUAUGACGAAACUCUCAGAAACUCCGCGAUCGUCAAGCAGUUCCACUGGUUCAUGGAGCUUUUGAUGAGCCCGUAUCAACCACAGACACCUCCGUUCCCAACUCCGAUUCUCGACUGUGCCGUCAAUUUGGCCAGUGUUCUCAUUGAAGACGCAAAGGCCACCUCUGGCGCCCCACGGUACAACCCUCUUGACCUUCACACCUGGUCUGUGGCCACCAUCACUCUUUGCGAAAUCAUCGCCGAUGUGAGCAGUAAGCCGAUCGUCGACUAUGCAAGCAAGCACCUCGAACAGUUGCGCGCAGAGCUCCAGAAAAAGUCGGACGCAAUGCACAAGCACUAUGAUUUUGAGUGGUUCUUUGGGGAGAAGAUGAAACACUGGACGGACGGUCUGAUGUCGAUGAUCGACUACGCUUUGGAAGAACAUGUUUCUGCGGUGGGCGAGAACAGAAGCAACGCCGUGAUGCUGGUCCCCAAUUUUGCGGAAAUGAUGGAGAAAGGAUGGUUACGAGCUCUUGUUUACUUUGCAGACAAAUGA